CCGGCUGCCUUGAGGAGCCCGGGGCAGAGCUGCGGAGCCGAGGAAGCCGCCGCAGCCCCCGCCCUGCCCGGCUCCCCCCAGGCCAGGGGCUGGGCUCUCCUCGCUCCCCGCCGGGCGAGGCAGCGCCGGCCACCUCCCCUUCUGCUCUUCCUCCUCCUCCUCCUCCUCCUCCUCCUCCUCCUCCUCGCCUUCCUACUUCUGUCACCGGCUCCUCUCCGGCUCUGCCGCUGCCCCCCCGACCCGCCGGGGUUGCGGAUUCCCCGAUUCCCCCCCCCCCCCCAGAGCCGCCCUGCCCCGCUGCCCCCUCCCCGUCCCCGUCCCCAGCGCCGCCGCCGCCGCUCGCACAAGAUGGCGGGGACCGUGGCCGAGCGGGACGCGCUGAAAAUAGAGGACGGGCAUUUAAACAACUCCCUGGGAUCCCCGGUGCAAGCUGAUGUGUACUUCCCUCGCCUGAUCGUGCCCUUCUGUGGACACAUCAAAGGAGGAAUGAGGCCGGGAAAGAAGAUCUUGGUCAUGGGCAUAGUGGACCUCAACCCCGAAAGCUUUGGCAUCAGCCUGACUUGUGGGGAGUCAGAAGAUCCUCCUGCGGACGUAGCCAUCGAACUGAAAGCUGUAUUCACAGACAGACAGUUUGUCAGAAACUCGUGCGUGGCUGGAGAAUGGGGGGAAGAGCAGUCAUCUAUUCCCUACUUUCCCUUUAUACCGGACCAGCCUUUUAGGGUUGAGAUACUUUGUGAGCAUCCCCGUUUUAGGAUAUUUGUGGAUGGACAUCAGCUCUUUGAUUUUUACCACCGUAUUGAAACACUGUCAGCAAUUGACACAAUAAAGAUAAACGGAGAUCUUCAGCUUACAAAACUUGGCUGAACUUGUUAGAACUGUAGAUUCCAAACCGGCUCAGGUGCCAUCGUCCAUUUGGAGAAGUGACAGCCGGCUCUGGACACAACCAUAGUAGGAAGGCUGCCCCGUUCCUUUUCCAUGUGCAGUUCUUCACUCCUGUGCUGACGAACUGGGCUGUUGUUUAUCCUAACGAAGAACAUUGUUGGUUAAUAGACAUUGAGCCAUUUUUUCUUGGAUCAAAAUAGCCCACCUGUGCUGGAGAAUCAAAUUGGAAUGGAUUCAGAAAGACUUGCAGUCUCGUUUCAAAUCUCACAGAAAGGCAAUUUCUGAAACGCUGUACUAAAACCGGUUACUCAACAGCUGUGACAACAACGACGAACAGUUUUUCUUUUGCAAAUAUUGUUUCUGCACUGAAGUGGAGUAGUGUAGCACAACGUAGGGCCACAUGCUGACGUCCUUACCCAGGGCCUGAGCCUGGUUCCACGGAAAUCAAUGGCAGAUCUCCUAUUCACUUUACUGGGGUACAAUCAAACUACUUAGUCCUUAGUCAAGCACAACUCCCAUUGAUUUCUGUGGGAUUUUUGCACACACCUGGGGGUGAGAUCUUCCGCUGGUGUUAAUCAGCUAACCUCCAUGGCCUGGGAUGGAAUUCCGCUGAUUGCUGCCAGCUGCUGAUUUGGUCCAAGGACUGUGCAAAAACUGAAUGAGGGUGUCAGGACACAAGCCUGUAUAUUUUAGUCAGGGUAUUUGCAUAGAAUGUAGAUUGUUACAAGUUUUUGCACAAUGUACUGUUAAUACGAUUUUUAAAGCUUAUCUGUAGUUUAUUUAUUUAUAAUCAUUGUAUGUAUUGGUAAAAAUGAACAAUCUUACUGAUCGUUAAGAACAGCAAAAUGUAAACAUUUUGAAUGUACAAAAUGUCUUAGGUUCUUUGGGCAAACUCUACGUAUUAUUCUUGAAAAAUCAUGUUUCCUAUUGAACGUUUAGUUACAUUUUAAUGGAGUCCUCUAGGCCCUGGGAAAAUGCGGGCAUGGUUGUUGGUGGGGGGAGCUCUGCAUAUUCACUAAAAACUGUUUUUCAGGGCUUACUAACUUUGCUGCACAGGAUAGGUUUGAGUUAAAGUUGAUCUGUUUUUAAAAUUUAAACAACCAAUUUGAAGUUUUAGCUGUGCUUUUAUAACUUGAGAAGAAGUUCCAUUUGGCAGUCUCUUAGUUCAGCAAGAGAACCAGCCUCUUUCCAGGGGAGAUGGGAGAUUUUUUUGCACUCGUUUAAGAACAUAUUCGGCCUUUGAUAUGACAAUUAAAACUUGUCUAGACAGCCAAGUUAUUAAUGCUUGAAAAUCAGCUACUGCACAUGAAUAAUAACUUUUCAAGUAGCUUUUUAAAUAGUAGGUAUAGCUGUAUAAACACCGUCAUUGCGCUACACUAUAAAUGAACACAACCACUUUUCUUGACGUCUUUAGGACUAAAUACACUUUUUCCUUGGCUGCUCACAGUAGACUAUAGCAGGUCUUUCUGAGUAGUUAUAAUCAUGAUAUAAACAUAUGUUCAGGCAAUUUUGAAAACAUGUAAUAUAGGGACACAGAAUACAAAAACAUCCUUUGUAGCACUGUAUUUAAAAAAAAAAAAAAAAAAGAGAGAGAGAGAAAAAAAAAAUCACAAACAGAACUAUAUGAAACUUGCAAUAAAGAAGGGUUUUAAGGCAACCAGAACUGGAAUAUCCAAAGUGAAGGGUAGAAUACCAGUUGCAAAGCCUCAUUUUGCGCUAAUUUGGCCUGCAGUUAAGAAGCCUUAGACUGCAAGCUGAAAUUCCAACUGUGGCUCUAGUCCAAAGCCUGUUGAGGUCAAUCAGAGUCCUCCGAGCACAAAGGCAUAGAAGUCUGAUUCUUACUUCAUGCAAGUGCAAAUCUCUUUGUAAAGCCAGGGGGACGUUGCUGGUGUGAAUGAGCUAAGAAUCAGGCUGCCACCUACAAAACGAGAGUUAAAAAUUGAAAUUUUAGCCUUAACAUUGAAGUCUCCUGACUUUUUUUUCCAAAUUAAGCGAGAACCUAUUUUUUCCAGAUGAUCUUUUUAUCUGGUGUGUGACUUUUACGUUGUGCAUCAGAUUCUGUUUGUACUCCAGAUUGAACCUUGAUAUGAAAUGUUCCUGUCUUGCUCUGUUUUUACUCUUUUACAUGAUUCAUGAUGACUGUGUCAUUUUCCAUUGUAUAAAGAAUGCUGACAGUGUUUUGGUACAAAAUAUAUUCUUAAAAAUGAUGAUAAUAAAAAUCCAAGGGAAAGGUGCUUCUA